AUGUAUCUCAAUAUUCUAAAAAUAAACAAUCAACAGUCCUGCCUGGCUCUCGUGUGCACCGUGUCUGGUUCCUCCAGCGCUGCUGCAAUGAAGAAAGUGGUUCAGCAGCUGAGGCUGGAAGCCAAGCUCACCUGCUUUCAAGUUUCCCAGGCAGCCACAGACCUGAAACAGUUCUGUCUGCAGAACACUCAACAUGAUCCUCUCCUGCCUGGGGUAUCUUCAAGGACAAAUCCCUUCAGAACCCAGAAAGUCUGUUCCUUUUGGUAGUACAGUGGAUCUUCCAAAGGUUUUU